UUCACAUUGCCACCCAUCAUAUCAGAGUAGGGAAAGUUGAGUUUCUCGCCUUGAAUCUGCUAACCCUUGUCUUUUUGGACGCCUUUCGGUUCCGGGUAUGUGCAUAUCUCGAGGUGAUCGAAUGCAAUAAAUCAGUGGUUGCAGGUGACGAGGUGACGGAUUUAAUCCACCUGCAGGAACAUUGUGGACCUUGGCGUACUAAUCAUCGGCCAUUCCCCACACCGAUAUUCUUGUGAUAUAUCAGACUUUAUCCGGAGAAGCUGCUGCUGUAUAGACUUGUCGUGCCUCGCUUUGGUCGAAUUCUGUUAAUAACAUCUUAUCACCAUUAUCACUCACUCAAGUCUCUUGGGUCGAUUGAGGGAUCCGGAAUCCCCCUACAUCCAACAGACUCAACAUCUUUACGACACAAUUCAUCAGAUGCCGCCACAAUUUUCAAGACCCGAUGUCCAUCAUAUAUACUAGAGUCAUCCUAUUGGGGCUUUCACCACUUUGAAUUCGACCGGCAUCCUUUGGAUAUACCCUGCUCGCCAAGUGCAACUCGACACAUAUCGAACUCGGACUCGAUUUUGGUCAGAUAGAACCUCACCUUGGACAUCGAAUAUCUUUGGACAUUUGAUCCGCCUCCGAGUCCAUGAUGGUUGAUCUAACAUCACAGGAAACAUCACUUGUAGGAGCUGCGUCUCAGACCGUUAAGGAUUUUGCAAAACGGAUCUAUAUCCCACUCACGGCCACUAGUCCUCCUGGCCUGGUCGCAGCUAAUACUCUGGAUCCAUGGAACAAAGCAGGGAAAUAUGCAUUGGCAUGGACUUACUUUCCGCUGAUUUUAGUUUGCCUAGUCGCAAUAACUAGAGCAUAUCAUCUUUGGACGGACAAGCUGCGACAAGCAUACCACAAAAAUGAAGUCGAGAAACAAUUAGUACGCUACUAUCAGCAACAGCAAGAUGAGUACACAAUGUCAAAUAUCCAUACUGGAGGAUCAGAACAACAAUUCUUUCCUGCACCGGCUCUUGAUGAGAAACCAUUUAUUGCUGUCACAAAAGGGUCACAUUGGUCGUCAAUACCAUUAAUAAACGAUACAUUAGCAUUGUUUAGAUGGGUAUUCUAUCGUCCAAUUCCAGAGCUCCGAUACAAGAAAAGACUUAUCACCGCAUUUCCCUCUUUGGUGGCCUUUGCAAUACUAAUAAUCGGCCUGAUUUUUGUCACACUCCAGUGUUUCUUACCACAGCCGCUCUAUUGGGAAAGCAUUCGAUAUGGUUCUCCCCCACUGGCUAUCAGGGCAGGAAUGAUGUCUGUGGCGAUGACUCCGUGGUUAAUAGCUACGGCCAUGAAGUCCAAUAUAAUCUCAUGGAUAACAGGAAUAGGCCAUGACCGACUAGGUGUCUUUCAUCGAUGGGGAGGCUACUUAUGUCUCUUCCUGGCCCUCGUGCACACAAUCCCCUUUUUCGUACAACCCGUAUGGGAUGAUGGAGGAAUGUCAGUUUUUGGCAAACUUUUCCCAGCAAGCCGUGGCAUUAUCUACGGGACUGGAGUCGCAUGCCUGGUUCCACUAGGAUGGCUCAUUAUUGGGUCGUUGCCAAUCGUUCGAAGACUUGCAUACGAACUAUUUGUCGUUCUCCAUAUACCAGCAGCCGUAAUUUAUGUGGGCAUGUUGUUUUGGCAUACUAAUAAUUAUCUUACCUCCUGGAGCUACCUUUACGCAACUGUCGCUAUCUGGGCUUUAGCUUAUCUCACGCGUAUCGGUAAUCUGAACUGGGCAAAGCCAUGGAGAAACUCCUUUUUGGUUGGUGACGAGGCUGCUAUUACUUUGAUGGCAGAGAAUGCAAUCAAGGUAACUGUUCCAACACAGAUGACAUGGAGGCCUGGUCAAUACGUCUAUCUCCGUAUGCCCGGGAUCUCCGUGUUUGAAAACCACCCUUUUACCAUCUCUUCUCUCUGUAGUGAAGACUUCCCAUCCGAGUACGGCGAACAAUAUAGAGAUUGUACUGUGGUAUUCAGACCAUUUGGAGGGUUUACUAAGAAAGUCCUUGAGACUGCGACUCAGAACGGCCCCUUCAAAACAUAUCGCGCUUAUUUGGAUGGACCAUACGGCGGUAUGCAACGGGAACUUGCUGCGUUCGACACUGUUAUUCUUUUCGCUGGCGGGAGUGGCAUCACAGCAAUCGUUUCCCAGCUGCUGAACUUGAUUAAGAGAAUGAGGGAUGGAAAAGCAGUCACCCAAAAGAUUGAAGUUGUAUGGGCUUUGAAGAGGCUUGAAUCCAUGGAUUGGUUUAAGGAAGAGCUUAGGAUCUGCAGAGAAUACGCACCGCCAGGCACUAUUAAUUGCCAAUUCUUUGUGACGACGGCAAAGAGAUACGCAAAGACAGAUGUUGCUGGACGAGCUCAACGACCGUUGAGCACGGCAUUUCACGACAAGUUGGACGGUUUUGUUGCAGGUAUUGCAUCUAAACGGAACUCGGCUCUCAUUCGUGAUGAAGCUCAGGGCAAUGAAGAGAGGGAAAGGGAAUUAAGAAGGGAGGAUGAAGAUGCUAUAACAUCUUUACCACAUUCGAAACAUCUACAGCCAAGACUACAUCCUAACGUACAGACGUCAUUCCCUCCACCACCAACGACAGACUCAAAAUCGAAGAACUCUGAGAAGACACGUUCUUUGUUAGCAGCAUUAUCCCCAGAUUCCCACGAGGCUACGCGAAAAUUCUUGUCGCCUCUAGGCUUGGCUACCAAAGCACAAAGUGAUUCCAAAGAAUCAUUCCACUUUCCAGCACCCCCACAAAAGCUAGAUGCUCCUCAUUUCCAAUAUGCUCCGCCUUCGGUCAAUUCUAAUCGAGCCAGCUUUAUUCCUGAUACAGCACGCAAUAGCUAUAAUCCCCAGGACCAUGUUGACGACCCUACAGAGGGAUACAAUCCUGAUAUGCAAGCUUCUGAAGAAGGUCGGCUCUCGGAGCAAUUCGCACCCCGAGAGUACGCACCCACACCUCCGGCAAAAGACACACCGAAGAUGUCAAAUGAGAUAGAGGCGAUACCUUCUUUGAAACCCCCGCAACCUGCUCAUUUGAGACAAAAGUCGGAGGAAUUAAAGCUCCAGAUUCCACAGUCAAAUUUCCAACAAAGCAUCCCGGAUCCAACCUUUGACUAUGGCUUCGCAUCAACACCUACUUUGUUCCAAAAGAAUCUCAUGCGUUUUGCAUUUGUUGCGCCUAAGAAAAAGGAUGGGUGGACUACUGAGUAUGGCCGUCCUGAUCUAGGAUACAUGCUGAAGGAGAUGGCAACCGGGGGGCCUGAUGGACAUGGUAUAUUCGGUAGGAGGACAUGCGUCUUCGUUUGUGGUCCUCCUGAAAUGCGUAUUAAUGUAGCAACUACGGUAGCGAAGCUGCAAGCGGAUAUUUGGGGCGACGACAGUAAAGACGAGAUUUUCUUACACACUGAAAAUUAUGCUAUUUAAUCGGGGUUUAUUCGUGGGUGGGUGUUGAUUUAUGAACUGGACGUUCAAAAAUCAGUAAAUAUUUAAGUCCAACGGUGUUAUGGGGUAAUGGGAGAGAGCCAGAAUCCCAAAAAAUUUAUACCAAAGGGCAUCAGGGCGGGCAAUUGUGGGCAUCUCUAUUUGGAGUAAUCACCGCAACUAUAUUUUGUAAUUCAUCAUAGGCUCAUCAGCCGGCACUAUUAUAAUUUCAAACAACCUUAAUAAUCACAAGCAA